GUGUGUGUGUGCGUGCAUGUUUGUGGUGGUUGCAAUAGAUUUGUUUGUGCGUAGAAAGGAAAGCGUAAAUUGUUGCAACGAAAAUUGGACAUAGAGAGCAGAGAAGCGUUUGCAAACUCCCAAAGAAUAUUCGCCCACGAAGCCCACGCAUCAGCAUGGACAUCAUGGACAUACAGGCUGUCGAAUCCAAGCUGAGUGACGUCACAGUGACACCAAUACCACGCUCGCAAGUGCAAAACUUUUACAACUACCAGCAGCAGCGUGAACAGCGCGAACAGCAGCCCCAAAUCCAAAUAUCUGCCAUCCAUCAUUCGCGUGGCAACAGCUCCGGCAACAACAGCAUGGGCGGCAUGGGUGCCACGGACUACUCCACCACCAGCGGCAGCGGCAACGCCAACAGUAACAAGCGCGACCGUUCCGCCGACUACAGCGCAUCCAGCAAACAGAAUUCGGCGGCAGCCAAUGCUGCUGCAGCAGCCGCUGUUGCCGCCUUGCAAUAUUCACCGCAGUUCCUGCAGGCGCAGCUGGCUCUGCUGCAGCAACAAUCGAACACCACGGCCACACCGGCGGCUGCUGCUGCAGCGGCCCUCUCGCUCGCGAAUAUUGCCGCAGCCACCAAUGGGGCUCGCAAUUCGGGCAACAGCAAUGGUAACAAUCUUGGCCUGAAUCUGACACAGUCACAGCUUAAGUACCCGCCCCCGUCCACAUCGCCGUUGGUGGUGACCACCCAGACAUCGGCAAACAUAACCACACCCCUCACAUCCACAGCCAACCUGCCGACGGUGGGCAGCCUGAGCACCGGCAAUGGCCUGACCAAAUACGCCCAGCUAUUGGCCGUCAUUGAGGAGAUGGGACGCGACAUAAGACCCACAUACACAGGGUCGCGCAGCUCCACGGAGCGGCUGAAGCGUGGCAUUGUUCAUGCCCGCAUCUUGGUGCGCGAAUGCCUGAUGGAGACAGAGCGGGCAGCGCGUCAAUGAGAAGAGGAGUGCAGUGGCGAUUUGACGCCACAGCUCCUCUCGCCUGACUGAGUGUCGGUCGGUCGUGCGGGGGUGGUCUAGGCUCUAGGGCUAGGAUUUUAAGUUUAAAGUAAAUUGGGUUUGUCGAUA